AUGAGACAUUGUAUAAAAUUGUGGCUUAGUUUAUUUGUCCUGAAUGUUGCUGGGACAGAGUCAGAUCCGCUGUUGGUUGAGAUAGCUAAUGGAAAAGUGCAGGGACGCGACAAUGGAGGGUAUUACAGCUAUGAAUCUAUACCCUAUGCGGAACCUCCUGUAGGAGAACUGCGAUUUGAGGCACCUCGACCAUAUCUUCGUCAGUGGAGGGAUAUUUUUGAUGCCACUCAACCGCCAAAGUACUGCUUGCAGUGGUCCAUGGUAAUAUAUGAGUCCAAUAAACUGAUGGGUCAUGAGGAUUGCCUCACCGUGAGUGUGUACAAGCCAAAAAAUGACAGUCGCACCAGCUUCCCAGUCCUGGCAGUCAUACAUGGCGGGGCAUUUAUGUUCGGUGGACCAGUCGAUGUCGGCCAUGAAUAUAUCCUUGCGAGCGGCAACAUGAUUGUGGUCAAGAUGUCUUAUCGACUAGGUCCCCUGGGAUUUCUAAGCGCUGGCGAUGUCGAUUUGCCAGGAAAUAUGGGACUGAAAGAUCAGCGUCUAGCGUUAAAUUGGAUUAAGAAGAACAUUGCCAGCUUUGGCGGAGAGCCAGAGAAUAUACUGUUAUUUGGGGCAUCAGCUGGCGGUGCUUCGGUGCAUUUGCAGCUUUUGCAAGAGGAUAUAGCGCAGUUGGUAAAGGGAGCUAUCUCACUGAGUGGAAAUGCGUUGGAUCCCUGGGUUGUGCAGCAAGGUGGACGUGCAAAGGCUUUUGAGCUAGCCCGUCUUGUCGGCUGCAGAGACAUGAGUAGCUCCGCAGAAGUCAAGAAGUGCUUGAAAUCAAAGGAUGCAAAUGACAUUGUCAGUGCUGUCCGUCACUUUUUUGUCAUUGGCUAUGUGCCCUUCGCUGUAUUUGGUCCAGUGAUAGAGCCCGACGAUGCGACUGAAUCUUUUCUCAUCCAACAUCCCGAGGACAUCAUCAGAAGUGGCAAACUUGCUGAGGUUCCCUGGUUGAUUAGCUAUGCGACUGAGGAUGGAGGAUUUAAUGCCGCCGUGUUGCUGGAGAAACAAUCCGAUGGCAAGGAGUUAAUUGAAGAACUUAACACCCGUUGGAACGAGCUGGCACCUGACUUUCUAUAUUAUCGACAAUCCAUGAGCAGCAUCGAGCAAAUGGAUAAUUAUUCGGAUUAUCUCAAACGAGAAUAUCUGGGAGAUCGCAGUUUCAACUUAGACAGCUAUUGGGAUGUGCAGCGCAUGUUUACUGACAUUUUAUUUAAGAACAGUGUCAAGAAAGUAAUUGAUUUGUACAAAGAGUAUGGACAGAGUCCUAUCUACGCUUACGUUUACGACAAUCCACCAGAAGCAGGACUCGCCCAAUGGCUCGCCAGGCGAUCAGAUAUUCACUUUGGAACUGUACAUGGCGACGAUUUCUUUUUAAUGUUUGGAAAGCAAUUACAAGACACGUUGCCUUCUGACAAGAAAAUCAUAUCACAGAACUUCAUUCAAAUGAUGGAAGAUUUUGCACAAUGUCCUGAUGGAGCUCUGAACUAUGCCAACUGCAAGUUUAACGACAACAGGAAGCAGGAACAAAUGCAACUACUUUCGAUUACUCGGAGUGGCUGUGAGAAUCUUGAGGUGAAGGCGCUUAUCUGAGUUUCUUUUGGUUAUGGUUCUGUAUUAGGAUUGGGUUUACUAGGCUGUUAUUAAUAAAUUUAUCAAUCUUCUUAAUCUAAUCACUUAUCACUGUUAACAACCUUUAACUAGAAAAAUCCGAAUUCCUUCUUUGAGUUUAAGUUUCCCUAUCAGAUAGCUAUGAAAUGAGGCUGAAAAUGUGAAAGUUGCAGGUCUGAUUUAUUGCUUAUAAGUUGUGUUGUUUUAUCACUCUUAAGUGUAACGAAGAAAUCUCCAAAGUGCAAUUCCAGUUCUCGGAAAAAAAACCAUCUUCAUAAAAACUAUGUAUGUAUCUACCCAUACAAUAAAAGCAAUUACUCGGCGAGGCUUUUUACGAUAUCUUA